UCGACAGAGUCAAAGAUCAUGUACACAACUAAAGAUCAUCACUAAUUUGUUGUAAUCUCUUGAAUGGCAACAAUAAUGUGUGCCUAGAUUUGUGUCGCCUAUACUGGAUUUUGAUAAAUCAAACAACAAAUAACACCGAAUUUUCUAUCUCUGAAAGCUAAUCAACCGAUAGACUAAAGGAAAUGUACUCGGGAUAAGGAAAUUUACUUAUGUCGGCUAUUUUUUUUUUUAAUAUCAUUGGUUUUUUUUACAUUCUCAUUUCCAUAGUACUUAUGGUGCCUAUUUCUCUUAGCGACGACUAUCUCUUUAUUCCUUCCAUCCACAGAGCCGAUUAUGGCUUCUUACCUAUCAUUGAAUUGACGCAGAUUCAUUUAAUGAUUCAAGUAGAAAAAGUACGCAACAUACUCACGCAAACAAGAAUUACGCUGUAAAAUGUCGUCCCAUUAUUAUCCAUUUGCUCUUCAUAUGCCUAGAUUUUACGGCUAUCACUAAGCAAGAUGAGCCAAUAACCAUUUAAAAGUCGAUGCACCAAGCCUUUUGAACUGUGGAAAAAAGCCAAUUCAAAUGUAGCCAAUGUACAUGGCGCUCAUACGUGUCAAGGUAAAACGAAUUCAUUCAAAAGCCGUUGAUAAUUUGUUUAAAGCCAAGCGUUUACUACUUUACAUGAUUUAUCUGAACUUCAGUCUCAACACCGUUUACUUUGGCUCACAUAAACGGUUGCAUUGCCGUCAUUUGAACUCAUUCAUAUUUCAAGAUCUGAAAAUCACCUUAAAGUAAUAGUUUUUCAUUAUGAAGUAACCUUUUUUAUUACAACAAAAAAAUCCUCCAAAAAUAGCGAGUAACUUGAAAAAACGGACUUUUGGAUCUUGACACAUUUACUUCGAAACACUUGAUGGUAACCCAUUUUGCAGUAACCCAUUUUCAAUAUGAUUUCGAUUAGAAAAUAUGUUCAAAUUUGGUGCUAGAAAUUGAACAAGUGGGAAAAAUAGAUUUCAAAAUAUAAGUGAAUUAAGUAAACAAGUGGACAGUUAACUGUCUCAUCGAUCAAUUGAGAAACAGUUUCAAUGUGAAUCGCAAUAAAUUCCAACAACCAUAAAAUUCUUAUCGAAAUUAAUAGAAAAAAAUAAGUUUGAAGGAAAAGAAAAACAAUGUCAUAUCGAACGAUAGCCUCAUUAUUACAUCAUGUUGAUUUUUUCCUCGGUAAUUCAUAUCAGCCUUCAAAAUCGAAUAUCCAUUAGAAGUAUGUGGAGCAAAAGUAUAUUGCAUACGAGUAAUAAAUGAGCACCGGUUAUAAAGAGAGAAGAGAGAGAGAGAGAGAGAGAGAGAGAGAGAGAGAGAGAAACUGAUGAAAAAAUGACACGGAAUAAUGCAAAGUCAGAACCGAAACAAGUUUGCUUUUCUUCGUAACAAAUGUUGAUUCCUUCUUCACAUGCUGAUUUUCUUUUCCUUUUUUUUCUGUUUCCUACACAAUAAAGUGGUUCGCGUGUGCUAUUGCCUGUUGUUCUGGUGUUGACCACUUGUGCGGUACGGAACAGCGUAAAAUGAUUAUACCUGAUGAUUGCCUGGUGGAAAUGAAUUUGAUGUUAGCAUCUGUGGCAUACCUAACUAUAACUAUAGUUCGUGUAUUCGCAUUGUUUCGUGCCCCAGCUAAAUUCAAAUCCAACGCAUUAGAUGUAUUCUUUAUGUUUGCGCGCUCGUCGUACGUCGAAGGUCAACACCAUAAUUUUUUUUUCACUCAAUAUUUUUUCAUUCUAUUAGUUUCCCCUUCCUAUAAAUUUGAUGCGAUUGAAUUCAGCUGCUUGUGUUUCCCGAAACACGGCUGCAUUUCGGAAUCGAAUUCAAUCAUUCAUCGGAAUUUGAAAUUUAAUCGAAAUUGAUUUGCUGGAAUUCGGAUAAUCAGGAUCAGUAAAUGAAGCACGAUUUCUAAUUAGCAUCGAAUCUAACCAUUCUAAAAAUAAGCCGUUGAAUUAUGUAAUUAUCGAGUGGAUAGUCUGCUAUAAUUUGCCAGCAAUGUUAAUUGCGCAUUUCCACGGUCAUGCAACCAACGAUGACGAAACGGUGUACGAUCUCGUUACGAUUUACUAUGAAUGAAUUAAAUUCAAACACAUGUCAUGAGACAUACAAUUGAAACACGGGUCUUGAGAAUUAAACAGAUACACAUUCAACAUAAUGACAGACGAAUGGUGAUUUUGCCCAUAAAACAAAUGGUCUUCGGCGAGAUAAUAACUGACUUGUCAAAUAUAAUGAAAAAAAAAGCGUGAAUGACAGCAAAAAUUGUGGGUACGAAAUAAACAACACAACAGAGCGAAAUGGUCAAAUUACAACGAGUCAAGAACCAAAACAUACUUAGAGCAAUGAAGCAACACGAGGUUAUCGGUUUAUAUUCAAAAUAAAACUGUCAGAAAAACAACAACAACAACAACAAGAAUGGUCAUUGUGCUGUUGUCACAUAAAAUGUUACGACCGUCAUUGGUUUUCUGAGCCAAUUGUUAUUAUUUUUGAUGUUGUUCUUUGCAAUGCACACCAUUGCAAAUCGUAUUGAUUCUAAGUGUUCGCACUUUUGCAACUUGGAAUAAACAAUACGAAAAGAAUUAAGAAAAAAAUUCAGCCAAAUCGCAAGUUUAUAAAUACAGUGGUGUAGGUAGCGUCAAGAGUCAAGUGCAUUCAUAGCACCGUUGUGCCAACAUACAUUUUCAUUCCGUAAUUACAGCCCAAGAGUUUCGGUUCAGUCAGAUAGUUCUUGUUCAAAGUUCAAAAUUAUUUUUUCAAUAUUCUGUUCAACAUGGAAUAUUCAGCGGCCUUAAAACUAUACAAAUUUGAUGCUAUUUUUGAUAUAAAAGAAUUAUUCAAAAUGCUGUCGGAUCUAGGUGAACUUCCGUCAAUCCAAUUGACCGAGAAAGAUAGUCUUCGCUUUGAAUUGGAUUCGCUAACACCGUUCGGUCGUGAAGUAGCGGCAAAAGAAUUGCGCGAAACGCCCGAAAAUAAGAAAAAGGCCAUAGAAGAAUUGAGAGAUUUGUUGCAAAAGGAUACCGAUUUGUACAUUCCCAUUGAGAAUGAUGAUUGGAUCAUACGGUUUUUGCGCCCAUGCAAAUUUUAUCCAGACAGCGCACGAAAACUGAUAAGAAACUACUAUCAAUUCAAAGAGAAGCAUAAGGACAUCUACGAAGAUUUGUUGCCAUCAAACGAGGCGAAUAUUUUCCAACAGAACAUUUUGGUAGUUGUCCCGACUCGUGACCAAUUGGGUCGCCGGAUUUUGUUAUUGGAGCUCGGAAAGCGUUGGAAGCACAAAGAAGUUUCACUGGACGAAGUAUUCAAGGGAUGUGUAAUCUUCUUGGAAGCAGCCACCUUAGAACCGGAGACUCAAGUUCAUGGAGCCGUAGUGAUAUUUGACAUGGACGGUUUAUCGUUGCAACAGACCUGGCAAUUUACGCCGUCAUUCGCAAAACGUAUCGUUGAUUGGCUGCAAGACUCCGUUCCGAUGCGUAUCAAGGGCAUUCACAUUGUGAAUCAACCGAAAAUCUUCAACGUGGUAUUUGCACUGUUCAAGCCAUUCUUACGAGAGAAACUUCGUAAUCGUAUUAUAUUCCACGGUUCGGAUCAGGCAUCGUUGCACAAACACAUUACACCAAAAUGUUUGCCACCAACCUACGGUGGCACAUCGGAAAUUCCACGCGUCAACGGUGAUCAAUGGUAUGAUAUGUUGCGUCAAUGUGAUCGUGAGUACAAGGCUAUCAAUUCGUAUGGCCUGAAAAAGUCAAUCAAAGGCACAAAAUAACGAGUGAGAGAAUAAAUAGCAAGAGGUUACAUGCACGCAUGCACACACACACACACAUUUACGCUAUCAAUUUACCAUUUUAAGUCGGAUUUCAAUAACUUUUUAAUACAACGGAAGCGGAAAUUCAAUCCAGCAAAUAAAAUGGGCAACCGACCACAAUUGCGUUCAGUUUACGAACGCAGUCGCACGCUGAACUGGUGCUUGUUCAGGUUUUAUUCCUCUUCUAUAUGUAUACUAUGCAUACACUUUCGUUUGUAAAUACAGUAAAAAAAAAAUUGUAAAAUACUUUUUGUGCAAGGGAAUAGUCCAGCUAGAAAUUCGCUAUGUCACUUUAGUGCUUCUUUUAUUUGUUUGUUCGUUUUUUUUUUCAUUUGCCACCGUAGUUCAGUUUUAAAUGUUAUUUUCUUUCUGCUGACGAUGACUAGUGCUUUAGUCAAUGUGAAUAUACUGUUCUAAAACAAACACCGAGUCCACAACUAAUUAUUCCAUUUUAGUUUAUUGUGCAUCGAAGUAAAAAAAAGUGUCUAGCAAUCUUAAGUUGGAACAUUAUUUAAUCAUUGUGUGUGCUCAAAUGAUGUAGGUUUUUAUCGUUAGUCAUUUAGUGGUGAAAUUAAUUAAUAUUUGUAAAUUAAUCAUACGUUUACGUAUUGUAUGGAUAUAUAUAACUUUUUUUUACUGGAAUAAGUAAGCUUAAUUCGAAAGAGCUCAGUGAAUUUAAUGUGUGCUUGUGUGUUCAUUUUGAUUUUUGAGUGAUUGAAAUUUUGAUUAAUAGAACAUUUUGUAGAAUUCCAAACAUAAAAUCCCAGACACUUCCCAACAUUCCUAAGCUUGAUGCAUGAGAUAUUGAAUAGGUUCCAUCAAGAGUUGUAUUUAUUUAGGCAGAUACAAUUACAUGCCACAAUACACGUAUAUUUCCUUUAAGUUAAAGUGAUAUUAAAAAUUGAAAUAUCAAUCAUAUUUUUUUUGGAAGUUUAGAAAUAAAACCGUUUAUUUUUGUACCAUUUUACCGAACAAUAAAAAAUAUAUUUAAAAAAAAA